UGGUGUGAGUGUUAGCGUGUACAGUAUACUGUAUUCUUACAAUUUAACAAUAGGAAGGAGAGAAGAAUGGCGUCUGGCGCGGUUUCCGCAAACGCGCGUUUCCUCCGAAGCACUUCCACAGAAUCCCUCUACAGAAAACAAGUCGCGGUGGCCACCCUCCUCCAAAAGCACGGUUUCCCCUCCUUCCUCUCCCGCAACCCCUCCCUCCUCCGCACCCCUCUCCCCCACCUCCAAAACUCCCUCGCCACCCUCCUCUCCCUCCGCCUCCCCCAAAACGCCGUCGUUUCGCUCGUCACCGCUUCCCCCUCCUUCCUCCAGACCUGGGAAUCGCGUUUCCCCGACCUCAAAUCACGCUUCCCCAACCCCUCCCCCCAAGCCCUCGCCAACCUCCUCCUCGCUUCCGCAAAAUUCCACCUCGACCCCUUCCAUCUCUCCCGCAAACUCCAAACCCUAACAGAAAAAUUCGCCUUCUCCGACGCCACCGUGGCCGCCAUCCUCGAACGCUUCCCCGACGCGCUUGUCGCCACGGAGGAUCAAAUCUCAAGCGUGGUUGAUUUUCUAUCGGAAUUCGAACUCGAAACCGAUCGCAUUGUUCGGUUAUUCCCUAGGGUUUUGUGCCUCGGGGUCGAGGACAGGCUGAGGCCGUUGAUUCGCGAAAUUAAAGGGUUAGGGUUUCCCGGGAGGGUUAUAAGAAAAGAGAUCUCGAACGACCCGAGGAUUCUGGCGAUGGAAAUCGGGGAAUUUUCGCGGUGUUUGAGAUUAUUGGAGAGUUUGAAGUGCAGGGAAGCGAUUAAGGAGAGGGUUACGGAGGAGGGUUUGGUGAGGGCGUGUUUGGAAGUGAAGCUAAGAGUGGAUUGUUUGUGUGGCUAUGGAUUGACCCGAAGGGAUGCUUUGAAGAUUUUGUGGAAGGAGCCUCGGGUGAUUGGUUAUGAGAUUGGGGAUAUUGAGAGGAAGGUUGAGUUUUUGGUGCAGAGGAUGAAGUGUGAUGUGGAGUGUUUGGCUGAGGUGCCUAAGUACUUGGGUGUGAGUUUUGAGAAGCAGAUUGUGGCGAGGUAUAGUGUGGUAGAGUAUUUGAGGGGGAAGGGUGCGAUUGGGUUUGAUGUUGGGUUGAAGGAUUUGGUUAUGCCCUCUAGGAUUAGGUUUUAUAAUCUCUAUGUGAAGCCAUACCCGGAGUGUGAGAAGAUAUAUGGGAGGUUUUAUGGGGGUGGUGAGGCUAAGAGGAAGCACCCGGUUGGACUGUGGAAGCUGUUUAAGCCGGAAAAGUUUCUGGAGAGUCGUGAAGAUGUGAAGAAUAUGAGGUGCUUCAUGGAAGCUCUGACCUAGUGGCUAGUGGGUUUGAUCAUUGUAUAUAAUGUUAGUUUGCUGGAACUUGGAUUUUGAUAGGUUGAGUUUGAGGGCAUGUUUGCUUCUUCAUCACGUCAGGUUUGAUCGGCAUCGAUCACAAGUUAAUUGGAGUAGCUUAUGUGUAUUUGACGUGAUUUUUCUGGUGAAUGGGAUUUGUGGAGUGCAUGUUUGAUUCCUCAUCACGUGGAAUUCGAUCAACAUGGAUCAUAAGCUAAUGGGACUAGUUUACAUGUGUUUGAAUGGCGGAUGGGGUUUAUAGAUGUGGAUCCUAACAAUCAUAGUCAAUGAUUGUAUAGUGGUGGUUGUAACUUGGAUGCAUCAUAUGCAUGAUCGAUGAAUGUUCACCCUACUUCGUAUUAAUAUGAAUGCAAGGGAAUUGAACGAUUAAGUUUCUUUGAUUUGUUUCUGAAAUAUAGCAGUGUAGGAAAUGUUUCAUUAAAAACUACACUUGUAAUAUGGGUCCCACUCUGGAGUUCUACACACUUCUCAGUCAUGACUUACAAAAAGUUGUACUUCAAAUGUGGAGAUCAGGUUCUUCAGAGAAAUAUCAAAUGGAAGUUGAUGGAGAUGAAAAGAAAAUGAAAAGUAGUGAAGGCUCUUUUUGUUGGAGAUGGAGGACUUGUUCAAGCUCCUCUUGGGUUGUUUCCUCGACCUUGGCCUGCAAAUGUUGACGCAUCUGAGGGUACCCAAUUUUCUAAAGUGAUCGGAUAUUUCUGGCUAUUAGGCCAUGUAAUGGCUAAAGCUCUUCAAGAGAUGGACGCCGGUUGGAUUUACCAUUGUCAAUGGCGUUUUAUAAGGGUUAUUCUUGGUCAAGAGCUUGAUUUGCAUGACAUUCUUUUCAUUGAUGCUGAGCUUGGGAAAACUUUACAAGAGUUUAAUGCCCUUGUUAGCCGGAAGCGUUAUAUAGAAUCUAUUGGUGGUAGCGAUACUGAUACAAUUGCUAAUUUGCAUUUUCGUGGGGCCCCAAUUGAAGAUAUCUGCUUGGACUUCACACUUCCUGGUUAUCCAGAUAUCUGCAACGUUAAUUAAUACAUUUACAUGGUGUAGGUGCAGCUAAUGUUUCAUCUAAUGGGAAUGGGCCUUCAGAAUCAGCUGAUGAUGACUUGCCAAGUGUGAUGACUUGUGCAAAUUACCUGAAGCUUCCUCCUUAUUCUACCAAGGAAAUUAUGUACAAGAAGCUACUUUAUGCAAUCAAUGAAGGCCAGGGAUCCUUUGAUUUAUCAUGAGUUUCUGGAACAAACCAACCGUGCCUGUAUGUUGAUAUGAUGAAUCAGGGUUUACUCUCGAGGCUUAAUUAUUGUUUGGUUGCAUAUACUUUCUUCCCUGCUUCUCAAAUAAUGGCCUCGCUUGGAACACGCUCAUCAAAGGCGGUGACGUGGUUCUGUUGAAUCGGAUCGCCACAUUUUCAAGGUGUAAAGGGAUUUGCGGAGCUCGUUUUAGCUGUAAUAACAUGUAAAUAGAAUAGGAAUGUUGAGUAAUUUCCCUCCCUAAAUUUUUUAUCAUUCUGUUUUCAAGUCAAUUUAUUGGCUUUUAGUUAUUAUACAUGUAUGGAAGAUGGUAAAAGGAAUAGAAAUAAUAUCAAAUACUAUGUUUUCGAUUAUUUAUUA